GCGGGACCCGAGCUGAUCGGACCGGACCCCGCCUCCCGAGGCCACCCGGGGCCCAGCAGCCGCCCGCAGAGGCGCCGAGCAACUUCGGUUGGUCAGCACGUUGACACAAGUUGCCUUUUGACGUAGCUGCUGCCAUGGCCAGCUGGUAGGACCAGCAUCCCAUGCACAGAAGCCAGUGACAUGAAGUCUGAGAGGAGAGCCCCCUCUCCUGAUGUGAUUGUGCUCUCUGACAAUGAGCAGCCUGCAAGCCCAAGGGUGAAUGGGCUGACGAAGGAGGCCUUGAAGGAGACCAGUACCGAGGCCCUCAUGAAAAGCAGUCCUGAGGAACGAGAAAGGAUGAUUAAGCAACUGAAAGAAGAGUUACGAUUAGAAGAAGCAAAACUCGUUUUAUUAAAAAAGUUGCGGCAGAGUCAAAUACAAAAGGAAACUACCGCCCAGAAGCCCACAGGCUCUGCUGGGAGUGCCGUGACCACCCCUCCCCCGCUUGUGCGGGGCACCCAGAACAUUCCUUCUGGCAAGCCAUCCCUUCAGACCUCUUCAACAAGAAUGCCUGGCAGUGUCAUCCCACCACCCCUGGUCCGCGGCGGGCAGCAGGUGUCCUCGAAGCUGGGACCACAGGCGAGCUCACAGGUCGUCAUGCCCCCACUUGUCAGGGGGGCUCAGCAAAUCCACAACAUCAGACAACAUUCCAGCACGGGGCCGCCGCCGCUCCUCUUGGCCCCCCGGGCAUCUGUGCCCAGUGUGCAAAUUCAGGGACAGAGGAUCAUCCAGCAGGGCCUCAUCCGCGUCGCCAACGUCCCCAACACCAGUCUGCUUGUCAACAUCCCACAGCCUUCCCCAGCGUCGCUGAAAGGGACGACAGCCACCUCUGCUCAGGCCAACUCCACCCCCACCAGCGUGGCCUCUGUGGUCACUUCUGCUGAUUCUCCAGCCAGCCGUCAGGCAGCUGCCAAGCUUGCGCUGCGCAAACAGCUGGAGAAGACGCUGCUUGAAAUCCCCCCUCCCAAGCCCCCUGCCCCGGAGAUGAACUUCCUACCCAGCGCUGCCAACAACGAAUUCAUCUACCUGGUCGGCCUGGAGGAAGUGGUGCAGAACCUGCUAGAGACCCAAGCGGGCAGGAUGUCGGCUGCUGCUGUUCUGUCCCGGGAGCCCUACAUGUGUGCGCAGUGCAAGACGGACUUCACGUGCCGUUGGCGGGAGGAAAAGGGUGGUGCCAUCAUGUGCGAGAACUGCAUGGCAUCCAACCAGAAGAAGGCACUCAAGGUAGAGCACACGAGCCGGCUGAAGGCUGCUUUUGUGAAGGCUCUGCAGCAAGAGCAGGAGAUUGAGCAGCGCCUCCUGCAACAGGGUGCCGCCCCCGCACAGGCCAAGGCUGAGCCUGCCGCCGCCCCACACCCCGCGCUAAAGCAGGUCAUAAAACCCCGGCGUAAGUUGGCGUUCCGCUCAGGAGAGGCCCGCGACUGGAGUAACGGGGCUGUGCUACAGGCCUCCAGCCAGCUGUCCCGGGGCUCGGCCACAACGCCCCGUGGUGUCCUGCACACGUUCAGCCAGUCACCCAAACUGCAGAAUGCAGCCUCAGCCACAGCCCUUGUCAGCAGGACCGGCAGACAUUCCGAGAGAGCUGUGAGCGCCGGCAAGGGCAGCGCCUCCACCAACUGGAAGAAGGCACCCCUGAGUACAGGCGGGGCCCUUGCGUUUGUCAGCCCGAGCUUGGCAGUGCACAAGACCUCCUCAGCUGUGGACCGCCAGCGGGAGUACCUCCUGGACAUGAUCCCGCCACGCUCCAUCCCCCAGUCAGCCACGUGGAAAUAGUGCGAGCCGGGCCCAGUGGAGAACAGGCUCCCUCCUCCCUCCCACCUGGCCCUGCCACCCUCCACUCGGGAAGACCUCAUACUCCCUGAGAAACGAGUGAGCGAGUGCCGGCUGCGCUGCGGAAGCAAGAGCUCCGUUCUUGGCUGCAAAGUCUCGUCGCAGCUGAGGGGCUGCUUUACAGGUGGACGAGGAUUAUCACUGAGGGACCUUUCCCUUGGGCUUUUUUCCUUUCUUUGCCUUUAGUUUGCCCAACACCAGCAGAAAAGUGGACCUCGGGGGCUGGUUCUGCUUCCGGCCCUUCCUUUCAGCCCCCUCU